UAGGAGCGGGUGCAGGCGAUAACAACAAACAAAUUGUGGCAGGACCCACCUCCUAACCAUGGGUUUGCAACGUUCUCCAUUCGGUUAACCACGGUUAAGCUCUGCUCCUUCUCUGUCUCUUUCUCUCUCCAUCCUCCUCCUUCUCCACCCCUCUGCUUCAGCUCAGAUCUCAUCCGAUCCAAUACUAGGGUUUCAAAUUGGGAAUUUUUCCCCCAAUUCGGUGUUUCUGAACCGACCAUAAUCUCCGACGCAUCGAAUUCAAUAAAAAAAUUCCCCCAUGCAUCGUGACGGGAGCUCCAUGUCCAUAUAAAUGGAGACGCAGCGAAUUAUCGAGUUUCCGCAUAGGAAUAUGGACAAGAGGCCAAGGAAGAAGCAACGUUUAACAUGGGACAUGCACGUGCCUCCUCCUCCUCCUCCUCCACCACCUCUUCCUCCACCCAAGUUGCAGGUUCUUCCUACAAUGUAUUGCAAGCAGGAGGUUGGGAAUGGAGUGGUUCCAAAUCAUGCUUAUCCAUCUCUGUUUUACAGGGGAAUGCCGCGCAAUGGAUCACCCCCCUGGAGGCCUGAUGAUAAAGACGGUCACUACGUUUUUGCCGUUGGUGAAAAUUUAACACCUCGAUACAAAAUUCUCAGUAAAAUGGGUGAAGGAACUUUUGGCCAAGUGUUGGAAUGUUUGGACAAUGAAAAGGAAGAAAUUGUGGCAAUUAAAGUUGUUCGCUCUAUAAAUAAGUACCGUGAGGCUGCAAGGACUGAAAUUGAAGUCUUGCUGAGGCUAGCCAGACAUGAUGUUGACGGUGCACAUUGUGUGCAAAUACGGAAUUGGUUUGACUAUCGUAAUCAUAUUUGUAUUGUAUUUGAGAAGCUUGGACCAAGCUUAUAUGAUUUUCUCCGCAAAAACAGCUAUCGUUCUUUUCCUAUUGAUCUUGUUCGGGAGUUUGGCAGACAACUUUUGGAGUCUGUAGCAUUUAUGCAUGAUUUAUGCUUGAUUCACACUGAUUUGAAGCCAGAGAACAUUCUUCUUAUUUCAUCAGAAUUCAUUAAAGUGCCAGACUAUAAGUUUCUAUCACGGAAUACAAAAGAUGGCUCCUAUUUCAAGAAUCUACCCAAGUCAAGUGCCAUUAAGCUCAUUGAUUUCGGGAGUACAUCAUUUGAACAUCAGGAUCACAGUUAUGUUGUUUCAACUAGACACUAUCGUGCACCAGAAGUUAUCUUAGGUCUUGGGUGGAACUAUCCUUGUGAUCUUUGGAGUGUGGGCUGCAUACUGGUUGAGCUUUGUUCUGGAGAGGCACUUUUCCAAACACAUGAGAACUUGGAACAUCUUGCCAUGAUGGAAAGAGUUCUAGGGCCACUACCUCCCCAUAUGGUGGUCAGGGCCGAUCGUCGAGCUGAAAAGUAUUUUAAAAGAGGUACACGAUUAAGUUGGCCUGAUAGUUCAACUUCAAGAGAAAGCAUGAGAGCAGUUUGGAAAUUGCCACGGUUGCCGAACCUCAUAAUGCAGCAUGUUGAUCAUUCUGCUGGCGAUUUGAUUGACCUCCUGCAAGGGCUCCUAAGGUACGACCCUUCAGAACGGCUUAAAGCUAAGGAAGCAUUGAGACAUCCCUUCUUCUUCACAAGAGAUACUAAAAGAUAUGGCUACCCUUUAUAAGUACCCCAAGCAUAAUGGCUGGGAGGAGAGAAAACACAGUUGAGAAUGAAUUGCAUAGAAUCUCAUACUUGAAAUCGUUUGAUUGUUUGUUCCACUGUAUAGUGAGAAUUUCGUUUUGUAAUGUGCAUUGUUUGUUAUUUCCUUCUUUCUUUUGUUUUCUUACCCUCUGCCGGCUCCCCCUUUUCCCUGUUGAUGUUUGAGCAAGUAAUUGUUGCUUCUUUGCUGGCUGUUGAAAAACUCAAUUUUUUUAACUGGAAGAACCUUUUAAUCUAUUGUCAAGAGGAAGUGGUUAAAGUGGGAUCCAAA